AUGGCGUCGGUCUGUGAGAUUUGCGGUGUGAAAUUAGAAUCAGAAAGCUCAAAAGCUGCACAUUAUCAAGGUAGAAAACAUCGACGUCUUGCACAGGAGAUACGACGACGUCAGGAAGUGGCGAAACGAAGUAUUUUCGUGCGCAAUUUUAAUCAGUGUACAGACUUGGCUGAUGAAUUCAGAUCUUUCUUUGGUAAAUAUGGCGAGAUCGUGGCAGUUCAUUCAGAUAAAGAGAAGGUAGUCUUGUUGAAAGAUAUUAGAAUAAUAUCGAUUGUAUUUAAGAGUUUGCCCGUCUUUGCUAUUAUCGAAUUUCUAAAAGAAGAAAGUGCUAAAGAGGUGCUUAGGAUAAGUCAGUCUUUACCCGAAUUUCAUGGCCGUAAGCUUGUUAUUAAAGAAAGAACUGCUGAUAUUAUAAAAGGCAAUGUACAGAAGAAAAGUAAAGAACAAAAAAAGGUUAAAAAAUCCUUGCAACAAUUGAGUAAUGAGUUGCUUGAAAGGUUGCAAAUUGAUGAUUCUGAUACGUUAGAACAACAACUUAUUUCUGUAAUGCAGCAGCGUGAAUUGACAGAUAACGAUAAUCGCUUGCGUAGAUUAGUCUGCGAUUUACUGCAGCAGUGUUUUGUUGAGCUUGAUGAAAGCGUUAAAAUCGUCCCUUUUGGUUCCGCAGUCAAUGGAUUUGGUCAAGCUAGCGGUGAUUUAGAUAUAGCAAUGAUUAUGGACGAGAAUGCAAUCACAGAUAAAGGAUUUUGCGAAACGAGUACAGAUAUAAAUAUUGAAGAUGAAAAAGUGACCAUUCGUCGGCCAUGGAGUACGUUUUCUGUUGUGGCAAAAUUCAUCAAGGAAUGUAUUCCUGGAUGUUUGGAUGUGAUUGCUCUAUCGAAUGCUAGAGAGCCAGUUAUCAAAUUUAAAUAUAAUGAAUGUAGCCUUUGUUGUGAUUUGACUAUUAAUAAUAGGCUUGGGAUUGCUAACAGUCAACUGCUGCAGGAGUACAGUAAACUAGAUCCUCGUGUCAAGCCUCUUGUUUUCACGAUACGAACUUGGGCUUACUGCAGAGGCAUUACGUUAAACUCUGGUGGCCAGUUCACAAGUUAUAGCUUAAUACUGAUGAUAAUAUAUUUCCUUCAAUGUACCAAGCCAUCGGUGUUGCCCUCAUUACAAACGUUAUUUAGAGAACAAAAUCGUUUAAUUUUAACAUUUUCAUAUGUAUGGUUAAUUUCAGUCAUGACAGGUAUUUGGGACUGUUCGUUUUUAAGCUGUAAAAAUGCUACUACUGUAUUUAAGACUGUAUCAAUAGAAGCAACGCCGUCUCUCCUUCAUAAGUUCUUUUGCUUUUAUGCAACACUUUUUGAUUAUGACCAAUGUGUAAUUAGUGUGAAGAAUGGACUGCCGGUGACAUUUGAUGAGAUUGUUAGAGACAUUGCUGGCAAUGAUGUAUUGGUCAAAGCUAUGAAAAAUUUUAAGACAACUCCGAUUUGUGUUCAGGACCCUCUUUUAUUAAAUCAUAAUACAACACAGAAUGUUAAUAAAGAUGGGCUACACAGGUUUCAACGUGAAGCUCGGGUUGCUAUGAACAAUUGCAUUAAAAUCCUUACAGCUCAAUCGGCUGCUAAAGACUCUUUUUCGAGAGCAAACAUCACUUUAAAAGAACUUUUCAGUCCUGCCAAAUACAAAGAUUUAUUAGCAAAAAAUUCAUUUGUUUUAUCUGUAGUGGAUAAUUUUAAUUAUCUUAGUGACGCUUUAUCUGAUACUUCGAGACUGCUUGAAUGUGAAGACAAAGCUUCUAAGCAGUAUUUACUAACUGUAAUCAACUAUUUUUACCUGCUGAAGCGGCUAAAAGUGGAACUAGACGUUGAUUGUAUUUAUAACAGAGAAAUCAUUAAGUAUUUACGACAUUCUUUACUGACUGAUAGUGCAAAUGGUACAACGAUCAGUGUAAUUGUCACGGAAAUUGAAAAGUUAUUCGAUAGUAAGAAUUUGACUUGCAUAGAUAGUUGUGUUAGCCAGCCAGAUUGUAGAGAUGAAGAUAUUUUAGUACAUCCUCCUGCAAAGAAAGCAAAAGUAGAGUAUGAGGAGAAGGUCAUUGUAGAAAGGAAAUUUCCACGUUUGUUCGCUCAUUGCAAAGCAAACAGGAAUACGUGGACAGGUCGACGCCAAAAACGUCGUUUGCAAGAAAGAUUGACAACUUCUGAAGCUUACUUUAAGGAACAGCCUCACGAAGAGACUGUAGAUGAUGAAAAGAAUUUUGAUAUUCAUGCGAAGGAGGAUGAAGUCGAUAAAAGUGAUGGUAUAAAAUGUCUCAACGAAAAAGAAGCAUCAUUAUUUAGUUUCACUGUAAUGGUAGAAUCACGUCAGAAAGACACUAUGGAAAUUAUUGCUCAAUUCGAUCUCAUGGAAUGGGAGUCUGUGCAAUCUUUUCAAUCAUUUUAUGCUUAUAUCAAGAAAUUACUACAAUUAAAUUGUUAA